GCAAGGCCUCGGGACCCUCCUGAUCCACUAACACGGAUCGUUAGCUUUUGAUUUAACUGUUAUAAUUAAUAUAAUUUUAGAUGGACCUUCUGUUUAUAACUGCAGGAUCAAAAUUUAACGAUCCGUAUUAUUAGGGUAUGAGGCGAGGAUUUGCCGCAGAGAAGAUCCAAUUACGAAACAAAGAGUCCAAAACCUGAAAGAAAACAGAACCGCUGGCGGGAGAAAAACUCUAUGACAGAGAAAAUAUAAAAUAUUUCUUGGGAGUUUCUGCACUCUCUCUCUCUCUCUGUGCCUCGACGGCCACGCUGCUGAAAGCCUCCUUUUUUAUGACUUACAUGGAUCCAUUUUGCUUCCCUUUUCUCUGUUUCGGAUUUCCAUGGCUCUCCAUUUGUCUCCCAUCAAACCUCACCUCUUUAACCACUCAAGAAGAUCUGUCAGAUCAGAAAACCGGCAAAAGACAAUUGCCAAUGUGCAUAAGCCUUCAAGGUGCAGCACAAAUGAACAAGGAAUCUAUGGCUUUUCGACAAAAAUUCAUGUGCUUGGUUUAUUGGUUAGGUGUUACAAUUCGUCGACGUGGUCUUCAUCUUGGACCUCAUCAUCUACAGCUUGUACAGCUUAUUCUCGUCAAACAACUUGUGAGAAUGGUGCCUCAGUGGCUAGUACUCGUAAUCAUGAAAACGAAUUUAAUCGGGUUAAUUGCCUCGAAUGGGUCUUACAUGAAUCAGCUAGGAGCUUCUCCGUUGCAGUUGAGUCACUUGAAUUGCCAGGAAGCGGUCCAGAGCUUGCAAUGGCAUGGUCUGGGAAGGAUGUCCAUCAAUGGCAUAAGCGGAUUUCUUACCAGGUUGCAGUUUACUCUUUGUUGAAAACAGCAAUCGAAGUAGAAAUCUUGCUUUCCAGUGAACGUCAUUGCAGCGCUUUUCCAGUUAGAGAUAUAUUGACCCCAAAGAUUGAUUUGAUUGGCGAAUACAUCGAGAGUGAAUUGAACAUGAGGCACUCAGAAUUAGUUGAAUGGUUUAGAGUGGUGGAACAGCCGCUUAUUGCAGGAUUUUUCACUCCCUUGUUGAGGAAGUGGUCUAUGGAAUAUGCAGGAAGUGGUGUUGCAGGGAUGGUUGUGGCUAUAAGCUGCUGUGCUGCAGUGGCUAAAUUGGGUUACGGUCGUGUUAAGUGCCCUUAUUUUGCAUUUUCACUUGGCGAUGUAAUUGUAGAGCUCAUGGAUCACUCACACAGUCUUGUGUCAGUGGAAAGACUACAUAACUUAGCUACCGAGGCAGGAUUUGAAUUGGAUUUCCUGUCCCAUUUCGGUAGAAAGGUUCUGCUGAGCAACAAAAGUGAAGAGGUAGAAUUUUGGAUUGGGUUGGCUUAUAAAAAACUAUCAACGGCAUUCAACAAAGAAAGUAUGAUCCUAGGCAAGCAGAAUUUUCAUCACAAGGUUCAAGGAGAUACUUUGGCUAUCUUAGGACUUUUUGCAUAUCUUGGGAGAAGGACUAGAUUAUUCUUGUCAAGGAUGGGCAUAAAGGAUCUUGAUGAGCUAGUUAAGGACUUCCUCAGCUACUUGGAGUGUGGUAGCCUUUUCAUUCACCCAGAGCUUUCUUCCAUAGCAGUUUAUCAACACUUCAUGGAGGUGGUGACUGAUGAAAUUGGAUGGCUUGAUUUCUAUGCUGCAUGUCCUCCGAAAAGAAGUCAAGAGAGGCGAAAAGGCAAACUGCAUGCCAUCCAGGCAGAGAAAGAGAUUGCUCUGUCUGCUGUUUUUACUGUAUGCUAUGAUGUUUUCUCUGGGUUUGCUCACUUCAGUCGUUCAACUCAACAGUCCUUAGACACUCAUUUGCUAGACUUCUUGCUCCACAGCCAGAGCUUGCUAACUGUUUGUUUGGAAGACUACUGGGCUGCUUAUGAUAAAUCAUGCAGUGAGUUGUUUAAGAUUACAGAACCUGGUGCUCGUCGCACAUCAUUUGUAGGAUCCAUAGUUGCAUCCAAGUUAUCUGUAACAAUGGAGGCGCAACAAGAGCCAAGUAUCUUGACAACGUCAGAAGAUUGUCAAAAUUAUAAUCCUCAACGCAGGCUUAACCUGAGAAAGGAUUCCCCCUCUCCCGGGACGGAAACUAUAAGCUCUAUGGAGGAGGGAAGUGCCACGAAAGCAAAAUAUCAUCAGCGAAGUUUAGUUAGGAAGUAUAGCAACAAGCUGGUAUCUACAAGCUCCGAUAUAUUGAUGGGUACUCAGUUGCUUAUCAUAGACAUAACGACUUCCGCAGAGCUACUCCUCAAACAAUUGCGUGGCCACAAGGUUACAAGGCUGGAAAGAAAAAAGUUGAAAAGAACGCUAAAUGACAUUACUUCACUUAUACCAGUUACAAUUCUCAUGUUACUUCCUGUAUCAGCUGUAGGUCAUGCUGCCAUGCUAGCAGCAAUCAACAAGUACAUACCUGGCCUGAUUCCAUCUCCAUAUUCUUCGGAGCGGCUGGAUGUCGUGAAACAACUAAAGAGAACCAAGAAGAUGGAAGUAAUUAGGACAUGGAACAACCUUGAAGAUCCAUCUUCUAGAAUAACGUUUAGGAGGAUCAAAGUCAAAUGUCGUGACAAGAACAAGCACACUCCAUGUGAGGCACAUAAGCACAUCUCCAACGAAAAAAGAUCGUUCCUGGCUGAGGACAAGAAUCUGGUGCACAAAAGGUAGACUUUCCGACCUCCUAGAUGGACAAACUUGUAUUCGAACGGGGCAUGAAAGUGAGGAGGCGACGUCAAAGCAAAGCACUUGAUCUCAGGUGGAGGCAAAGAUCUUGGUCCCCAGAAAUGCGUAAGCAAAGGGAUCACGACUAGUUACGGGAGGUACUGGCAGAGGUUCCAGAGAGCAUAGACUUUCCCGUUCAGCAGAGGAUUUCUUGGGUUAACCAUUACGAGUUUUGCAGGAGCACUCUACCAAAUACUUGAAUUUGAUGCUGUGGAUGAGAUACCUAGGGCUACUCAUGUGCUUGAACUCAAAGGUACGUAUGACACAGGAUCAUCUUCUAGUUGUCAUAUUUUUCAGACGGAGAAGAGACGAGGAGUCCAUUGUUCUUGGUCUUCUUUCUUCUCUUCCCCGGGCAUGCCCAAUUAGGUUUAGGGCAUCCAUAGCUGAUUUCUUCUCCAUUCUAAUAUGUAUAAAUGUAUGCAUGCCUACGCAAUCACCCAAGGAAGCCCUAGGUUGCCCCCCAAGCAUCAAUUUAUUUGGAUAUUUUGCCUUGCCACGCACGUUUCACUCUCACACAACUAAAACGUGCGGUGGGAUGUUAAAUACCAUUAACUUUUAAAAAAACUAACGAAAAGUCCAAUAAAACUCUACUUUUAAUGAAAAAUAACAAAUAAAG